AUGUUUCCCACACGGAGACUAGCUGCCCCAGGUGGCUUCUUCAAGCGGAGCGCCGAAGAAUUCAGUCGCCUCUCAAGGAUCGCGUGGAAUACGGAGGCCUUGAAUACUCCCACCAAAUCAUAUACACUGCUGGAUUUUGAAGAUGUUUCCACAGUUGAAGGAUGCAAAACAAUGGCCGAUCGCGCGGUAGGUGGAUUCAGCACCGCAAGCUUGGACUUUGAGCCUGCAGAGCCCGCGUCGAACACCCCUGCGCAUGCCCGCUUCCAUGGAAGCAUCUCAACCAAACUGCCGGCGAACUGGCGUGUGGAAAGGACCGGAUAUGCGGCGUUCCGCAACCGGGAUCGCGGUUUCUGGCUCUUCGGUCGCCUUUACUGGGAUGUGGAUCCCUACGCAUACCUCGCUCUUCGCAUCAAGUCCGAUGGUCGCCGAUACACGGUCAAUAUUCAGACCGACUCGAUCAUCGAGACCGAUAUCCACCAACACAGACUGUACACGCGGCACCAUCGCGUCCAUGGUCAGACACCUAUGCAGCAGGCUCUAAGUUCAAGGUCGGGUGAAGACUCAGCGAUCGAGAAAGGGCAUCAUUCUCGGGGUAUCCCAGAUGCACUUUCGGAUUUCCCGCCCGAGUCCACAAUCUUGUCUUCCUCUUCGAGCGUCAAGACUGCUGGCGCUACCGGGUGGGAGACGGUACUCCUCCCCUUUAACUCCUUUGUACGAACCAAUCAUGGGUAUGUCAUGGAGCCACAGACAUCCUUGCUUCGGUCGCGUGUGAAGAGCAUUGGUAUUGGACUCACGGAUCGUAUUGAGGGACCAUUUGAUCUACGUAUUCACAAGAUAUGGGCCACCAAUGGUAUGGGUGAAGCCGACAUUGAAGAGGAGCGACGCAUCUGUGGCGCGGAUGCCCUGCCCCUGGAUGAAGGUGUCAAGUCGGGUUGGUCUGACCAGAAAUCUAACAAAGAGCUCGAGGGCCAAGUCGGCUCUGCGCCGAAAGGGAAGGGCCUGAAGGGCUUGAAAUCGGAAUGGGACGACUGA